GACGAAUCAGAGUCUGUCAAGGACGAGAGCUUGCCAACCUCGUCUGCCGCCACCAAGCUGGGUGAGGCAGCGCACUUGCUGGCCAUCCUGUCUGGCUGGAAGGUGAAAGAUAUGCCGUGGCUGUCGCCAUGGGAGUCGAAGCUGAAGCAGGCGAUCGCGGAUUUGACCAAGGUGAACAAGGACUUGACGUCCAUCGUCCAGGGCUGCAAGUCUGGCAGCAGCUUCGAGGACUGCUGCGCUACGAUCGAGAAGGCGC